AUGGAAGAAGUUGAGGGUGACGAAAAUGGGAAUGUACAAGAAAGCGAAGAAGCUCUCGACUCAACAGGUUUGUGGUACGAAGAUGUAAAACCGAUGCGGGUUUUUGGUUUCGAUAGUAGCAAGUCAGGCCCGAGUUUGCUUCAACUUCCAGCAAACGUUACUAAUGGUGCUGAUCUAAUAAAAACUAGGACAGGCAGACCAAAGACUAGUGUCUUGCCUGAAACUGUUGAACCUGGUCCAUCUCAUCAAACGUCUAAUCAGCACCGAGUAGUAUUUCAACAUUAUCCGGAGAAAAUACCUGCACCUGAAGGUUACAAAAGAAAAACUUAUUUCCUACGUUGUAAGGAAUGCUGGAAGAACAAUAGUUAUCAAAAUUGUGUGGUUUGCAACUGGCAGCAUACAUUUCAGAAUGAGCUCAUGUAUGGACUGAAGUUGGAGUUUUAUUAUCUAAAUAGAAAUUUGCAAUUUAUAGCAUCUUUGUUAAUAGAGAAUCACAGUUUUCUACUCCAAGGAAAUGCUCAUCCAGCUGUGAGAGUAAGUUUUCAAAAUCCUUUUGGAUGCCGUUGUAGGAUGACAACUUCAUAUACCGAUUCUUACAUUCGUCAAAUAAUGUGCUUAUACUGA